AAUAUUUUACUUAUUAGAAAUGUAAGUAUUAAAAAUUAGGUCGUUGUUGAUUUUUUUAAAUUAAAAAUUUCUUUUUUAGGGUAAUUUUAUCAACUUUUUCGAUUUCGUUUAUAAUAAUAAUACUAUAUUUUUUAGAAAUUAUCUUGUUUUAAUAUUUUUUUGUUAUUAAUUAUUCAAUGUCGUCAUCUAAAUACAAAAACUAUGAUGUAUGUGCUGAUUGCAGCGGUCCAGAUCCUACUUGGGUGAUUGUUAAUCGUGGAUUAUUUAUUUGUGAUGAAUGCUGUAGUAUACACCGUAGUUUAGGCCGUCAUAUUUCACAAAUCAAAAGUUUAAACGCAGAAUGGUGUUCUUCUACUCUAAGUAUGGUAAAGACUUUACAUCAAGCUAAUAUUAAUACUCUUUGGGAACAUGCUUUAAGUGAUAGUAAAAAUCAUAAGAAAAAACCUACUCCUAAAGAUCCAAUUAAUAUUAAGGAAGAUUUUAUUCGUACUAAACACCGACAACAAGCAUUUAUUUUAAAGAGUAGUGAUACAAAGGAAGAUUUAAAUCAACAAUUACAUUCCAGUGUUCGAACAGCAAAUUUAGAAACAAGUCUUAGAAUAUUAGCUCAAGGUGCUGAUGCAAAUUAUUAUCAUCCUGAUAAAAAAAAUUAUCCAUUACAUGUGGCAUCUAAAGCAGGUCAGUUAUUGCAAGUUGAAUUAUUGCUAAUAUAUGGUGCUGAUCCUCAUGCUCUUGACAAUAAUAAAAAUUCUCCAGCAACAUCUGCUAAAUUGGCAGGUCAUAAAGAUAUAAAUGAAAGACUGAAUAAUAGCUUAUAUGAAGUAUUAGAUGCUCUUUAUUUGUAUGUACUUGGAAAAAAACCUGAUCAUAAAAAUGGAGAACAUAUGAUUAUAAUUAACGCUGAUGAUGAUGGUCAGAAAAUUGAGAAUUAUCAAGAAGGAAUAAAAAAAAUGCAACAACUUCCAAACUAUUUAUUUGAAGAUCUUAUAUUAGAUGUCUAUGAUGAAAUUGAUAGGCGAGAGACAGAAAAGUAUUGGCAAGAUAAAAAUUCACCUGAACAUAUGUCUGUACCUUUCUUACCUGUAAAUCCAGAUUUAUCAUCAAUGAAAAAUCAAGGACGUCAAAAAUUAGCAUGUUAUGGUCACAAAGAGUUCAAAUUUCUUGUGACUCAUAUAUUAAUUGAAAUAAAUAAAAGAACACAGCCUGUUAAUAAAUUAAUAAAUAAAGUAAAGUAUGAUGAUGAUGAACCUUUAUAUGAUCAUGUUGCCUCUGAUGAUGAUUAUGCUACUCCUGAACAAAUUGCUGCAAUGAUGGCAUGCCAAAAAUUAAAAACAAAUAAUAUAGAAAAUAAGGCAAUUGCUGAAAAAAUUUCUAUUCAAGAAAAUAAAAUGGAAUUAAAAAAAAAUAUUAUAUAUACAGAUCAAUUAUCAAAAACACAGCUUCAUAAUGGUAAUAUUCUAGAAGUCAAAUUGUCGGAAUCUGAAGCUCAAAUUUCUAUGUUAGCCUCUGAAAUAAUCUCGUUAAAAAAAAAGAUAGAAGAAGUAACAAAAGAAAACUCAAGUUUAAAAUGUGAAAUGUUGAGACAGAGACAACCAAUAUUGACAAAUAUUAAUGAGUCUAGUGAUGUUAAACAACAAACUAGACCUGUUUCUAUGUAUGAAACCCGAAAAAUUCCAAAAAGUGAUGUAAAAAGAAAUACGCAAGGUUGUUCAAGUGUGCCAUUGUCUGAAGAAGUAAUUCGUCACACUGACCACAUUACUAAGUGUAUUCAAGAACUUUGGACAAAUAUUAGAUCAUCAGAAGCUUGUAAAGUAUUUGUACCUGGAGCUGAUAAAAUCAAAAAUUCUGUUGUAGAACUAACUGCUCUAUUUCCUCAUGAGCUGGAAGAUGAUAUCAUUAAGUCUGCAUUAUGGUCAUUAAAUACAAAUACUACUCAAUUGCAAAUAGAAUGUUCAUGUUUAGAAGCAGGAGUAGAAAGAGUACGAAAUUGUUCAUUUAAUAUGGCUAAAGCUACAAAACAACUUUUAACUAGGUUUUAAUAAACAAUAAAUUUUAUUUUUAUCCAGUUUGAUUAUGUAUUUAUACAAAGUUCCUCUAAUUUAUUUUAUAGCAAACACAAACAGGGUUGUAAACUAAUAAGUAAUAAAAUAUUAGAUUAUGUAUAUUAUAGGUUUAUUGUAUAUUAAUGUGUAAUAAUCCAUUCUAAUUGUUAUUAGUGUAUUUUUGUGAAUCAAAUACUUAUGUUUUUUUUCUUGAUAACAUUAUUUUUAAUUGUUUAUAGAAUAUUUUAUAUAUUUUAAAAUAUAACCAUGUUUAGAAUUUUUCAUUGCUAAUAUA